UGGAUCAUUAGAACUGGUUACCUAAUUUAACUCUCAUAUUUUCUAUUUCUUUUUUUUUCUCUUUGAAUUAUUUAUUUGUUUUAUUUGUAUCUGUGAAUUCUUGAUCUGGUUAUUCUUUAUCUGUAAUAUGUUAAAAAUGUGUUAUUCAUAUUCUUGUUUUCAACCGUUAAGAUUUGCAACCCAUGAGUGAACAACGUGACUUUUAUUUGACUCCAUUGUGUUCUUGUUCUGUAUUUUUUAUAAUGCCACUUUUUUUGUAUUGUAUCUUUGAAAUAUUCCAUAAAAAAAAGAAAAACCAGAAGGGAGGGGGCGCUGUCGAACUCCGCUGCAACCUUUAUUCUACUUCCGGUUCAAUCCAGCUCGUGUGCUCGGUGCGCAUGCCCCGUGUGACAUAAACAAACUCCAGGGGCGGUCGGCUCGGACUUGUUCAGCGAGCGGUUCUCCCUGCUCGGUUUGGUGAGCAGUCACGGUCGGCAUGGUGAAGUGCGUCGUGUCCGGGUGUCCGAACCGCAUGGUGGCCGGCAGCAGGGGGGCCUUCAACCGGACCAGGAAACGGUUCUUCCACUUCCCCAAAGACCCCGCGCGCGUGAAGGUGUGGCUGGCAGCUCUGAGGGAAACAGAGAAGCAGGAUUCCUCAGAGCAGCACUUGAUCUGUGAGGACCACUUCCUGCCAGAGGACAUUUCCAACAAUGGAGUCAGCAAGGAAGCCAUCCCCAUCAUGCCCCACUGCCUGGAUGGGCCCCUGAUCAGCCCCUGGGGAGCUGAGUCCUCUGAGGAUGACGAUCCGUGGGCUGCUGGAGGCGAUGACUGUGAGGGUGAAGGUGGAGAUGGAGAUGUCAUUCCCUUCAAAUCUAAGAUUUCCAUCCCAGAAGCCCUUCCUGCUGCAGAUCAGCAUGAAUCAGGUGGUAAAGUGACUUCAGAGGCCAAGACAGCCAGCAGAAUGCAGCAGAAUGCCAGUCAAACCAAGAUGUCCUCCAGAGAGGAUGUUUCUCUGGGACUGCUGGCACAGCGUUUCCUGGAUUUGCUUCAGAACACACCGGAUGGUGCGUUGGAUUUGAGGGACGUCACCAUCAGCCUGAACACACGGCGGCGGCGUGUCUAUGACAUCACCAAUGUGCUUGAAGGCAUAAACCUGAUUGAGAGGCAGUCUGCUAACAAGUUCAAGUGGAUAGGAAACCUUCCCAUCUCUAACUUCCUGGGGGUUUUCAAGAUCCAGAAAGAGGUGAACAACCUGAAGCUGGUGGAGAACACGCUGGACAGCCUCAUCAAAAGUUGUGCUCAGCAGCUGUUUGACCUGACAGAUGACCUUCAAAACUCUGCGCUGGCAUACGUGACCCAUGAGGACAUCAGCCAUCUUCAAGUCCUCCAGGAGCAGACUGUCAUGGCUGUCAAAGCUCCAGAAGAAACCAAACUGGAGGUUCCUGCACCUAAAGAGGACAGUAUCCAGGUCCACCUGAAGGCAGACAAAGGUCCCAUCAUGGUGAUGACCUGUGAUGUGGGGGUGGGACAGCAGAGCAGCUGCUUCCUUGCUCUGGAGGAGAGUGGCAUAAAAGUGGCACCACUGAAAAAAGAUCACUGAGCUCGACGCUGUAAACUCUGGCAGACUGGCUAACUUCAGAUCAGCACCCUUGGAUGUAUGGGACUGUUUUUGUGUCCGAGUCCCUCAGAGAAUCUGGUGUCUGGUCCUCGGGAUCUAUUGCUGUCCCUGGUUCUCUGCUCCAACACACCUGAUCUACAUGACAGACUCCCUGAACACACCAUGGUUUAAACCAGGAGACUAUGUGGAACAGUUGUGAUACGUGCUACUCUGGAUGACAACCAGGGGGCGCCAGCAGCCUGAGAAUUCCUUCCCAGCCCUAUCAGGAGACUCUGGAAAACUAUGAAGCUGCUGGCUAACAAGCUUGAAUAGUGUUUGCUGUGUGAAGACAACCUAUUUUUAUUAUGUUAUGAGUUUUUUAUACUUUUUUUUUCACAAGCUUCAUUUUUGGCACAAGUGUAGCAUGAAAUGUUAAUAAAGCAACAUGUGUUAUUGUAAUUAAAAUUGGAUAAUCAUCUUGUCUUUUCUCACCUCAUGCUUAAAGUUUUUGUCAAAACUGCUUUGAUAUGCUGAUAUGGGCUGUCUGCAGGAACCUUUAAGAUCAUAGCUUGGUGAGCAAAAUGUUCAUGCUAAUUUUUCCUACAGGCAUGCUGCGGGUGUGAGGUUGUAGAGAAAAUGUAAGCGACAGGCAACGUGUAGGUGUGUUCUCUUUUUCACACCAUAGACUGUAAAAAUUAGACUGUUAUUUUAUAUACAGUCUAUGUUUCACACACACUGCUGGGUUGGUUCCACAACGGGGAUGGCCCUCAUGUUGCUGCUCUGUGGGAUUCUAUAAAUUAGUGGUGGGGGCCGACAGCUGAUGACAGCAGUCAGCUCUGACAAACGGACUCUCAGAGAGGAGCUGCUUGUGCGUCAUGAAUUAAAAAUACCAUCAGUUUUUCUCUCCAGCA